GCCGCGGCAGCCGGGAGCGGGGCGGCUGCUUCUCCCUCUCCGCCCCGAGGAGGAGGAAGAAGAGGAAGAAAAGGCUCCGACCGCCGCCUCGCCGUUGCUCUCACCCUUUCCCCUUUCCUCCCCACACCUUUAUGGACGAGCGCCGGAGCUUGCUGCACUCUCCGGCCGCCUCCUCCGCCGGCCGGCCCCCCAACAGCAGCCACCACAACCUGGGCUACACCGAACAGCCUCCCCCCGGCGCCCCGCAGCCGCCCCCCGGCCACGAGGAAGAAGAGGGCGAGGAGGCGGAGGAAGGCAGCAUGACGGUGGUGGGGGGCGCCGGGGACCCUUUGCCGGAGGAACCGCAGCAUCCGCACUCGUUGCUGGGGGGGGAACGCUACGAACACCCCGCUCCGCCCGCCGCCGGCCCCGCAGGGCAUCCCGCGGAGGUCAGCGGAGAGCACGAGUGCUGCGAGCGGGUGGUGAUCAACAUCUCGGGGCUGCGCUUCGAGACUCAGCUGAAAACGUUGGCGCAGUUCCCCGAGACGCUGCUGGGGGACCCCCGCAAAAGGAUGCGUUACUUCGACCCCCUGCGCAACGAGUAUUUCUUCGACCGUAACCGGCCCAGCUUCGAUGCCAUCCUCUAUUACUACCAGUCGGGCGGGCGAAUCCGACGACCCGUUAACGUCCCCAUUGAUAUCUUCUCCGAGGAGAUUCGUUUCUACCAGCUGGGGGAGGAGGCCAUGGAGAAGUUCCGGGAGGACGAGGGUUUCAUUCGGGAGGAGCAGCGGCCGCUCCCGGAGAAGGAGUUCCAGCGCCAGGUCUGGCUGCUCUUUGAGUAUCCUGAGAGCUCCGGGCCAGCCCGAGGCAUCGCCAUCGUCUCCGUCCUGGUCAUCCUCAUCUCUAUUGUCAUCUUCUGCCUGGAGACCCUGCCUGAGUUCAGGGAUGACCACGACUAUGAGGGAACAGGGGGGACAUUUGGGACGGGUGGUGGCCCUCUCCCACCUGAUGUCUUCACCAAUUCCUCGUCCUCAGCCGUUUCCAUGGUGUCGUCCUUCACCGACCCUUUCUUUGUGGUGGAGACUUUGUGCAUCAUCUGGUUCUCCUUUGAGCUGCUGGUGCGCUUCUUUGCCUGCCCCAGCAAGGCCACCUUCUCCAAGAACAUCAUGAACAUCAUUGACAUUGUGGCCAUCAUUCCCUACUUCAUCACUCUGGGCACUGAGCUGGCAGAGAGGCAAGGCAAUGGCCAGCAAGCCAUGUCCUUGGCCAUCCUCCGAGUCAUCCGCUUGGUGCGGGUCUUCCGGAUCUUCAAGCUGUCCCGGCACUCCAAGGGGCUGCAGAUCCUGGGGCAGACCCUCAAGGCCAGCAUGCGGGAGCUGGGUUUGCUCAUCUUCUUCCUCUUCAUCGGCGUCAUCCUCUUCUCCAGCGCCGUCUACUUCGCCGAGGCUGACGACCCCAGUUCGGGUUUCAGCAGCAUCCCUGACGCCUUCUGGUGGGCGGUGGUGACCAUGACCACAGUGGGCUAUGGGGACAUGCAUCCUAUCACCAUCGGGGGCAAGAUCGUGGGGUCUCUGUGUGCCAUCGCGGGGGUGCUGACCAUCGCCCUGCCCGUGCCUGUCAUAGUCUCCAAUUUCAACUAUUUCUACCACCGGGAGACAGAAGGUGAGGAGCAAGCCCAGUACAUGCACGUUGGAAGCUGCCAGCACCUCUCAUCUACUGAAGAGAUGAGGAAGGCACGCAGCAAUUCCACCCUCAGCAAAUCCGAGUACAUGGUGAUAGAGGAGGGGGGAAUCAACCACAGUGCAUUCAAACAGGCUGCCUUUAAGACAGGCAACUGCACAACCACAAACAAUCCCAACUGUGUGAACAUCAAAAAGAUCUUUACGGAUGUUUAAUAAACACAGAGCGGCAGCGAAACCUGAGGAUGUGGUAAAAAAAAAAAAAAAAAAAAAAAAAAAAAAAAAAAAAAAAAAAAAAAAAAAAAAAAAAAAAAAAGAAUUAAUAACAAUAAUGAUGCAAAAGUGACCGUGUGUACUUGGUGUUGUGUGGAACAUGCACCAUCGUCCGUCUGUGUGCGCCCUUGGUUUUAUACGUUUAUUUUUGUAGAGGUUUUUGGUUUUUUUCUUUUUUUCCUUUCUAAAGAUCCGAAAGGGAUUUAAAAUUCUCCAAAGAAAAGAGGACGGCCGAUGGGUACGGUGAAGGAGAAUGAAGACAAAUGGCACCGCUGGAGCAGGUGUCUGUUUUGCAACGUGUUGCAGGGCUGCCUUUGUUUCCUGGCUUUUGGGGACGUCUCGCUUUGCUCCUGGUUUGCUCCCCCUUCCCUGCAGGCGGUGCGGAGCCCAUUUCCCUUCCAUCGCAUAAGCUCACUUGUUGGAUUAGCGGCCCCGGAUUGGGUGGGGAGACGAGGAAAACAUGUUGCCGAGCUCUGGAAGGGGGCUGGGAGGAAACAACCCUUUAAUUUCGCACGGUCUCCGUUAGCGGGUUGUUAAACGGUGCUUAAUGCUGGGAGGCGGCGUGCCCUUAGGGACGCACCGCGGAUCCCCUUUUCUCCCCCGAUGGAUCAUUUCUGACAUUCUCAUCUGAUCAUAAGCCGAGCGCAAUCGGUUCAGACUAAAACCCGACCCCCUUAUUUUCUACCCUUAAUUCCCUUCCCCUGCAGCUCUGGGCAUGAUUUCACCCAGCUCAGGAUCCGUGGGUCCGUGUGAUGCGGCGGGUGGAGCGGGAUGGGGUGGAUGCACGAGGGCUGAGCUGCCGAGCUGCAGACAAAGGGAUGUUUCCACCUUUUGCACCGCGUCUGGGAGAGAUGCAGCUGCUUAUGGCAAGGAGAUUAAAGCGGUGAGCACGCCUUCCAGCGGAAGUCACUAAUUCGGACCGGAGUGAUGCAGUUGCUAUGGCAACCCUGGUUUCCUGGGAAACCCCAAAAGGUUGUCAUGGCAUCCCUUCUCCCAUCCCCCCCCUCGGCCCUCACCCUUCCCUCCAAAGCCCUUCCAGAUGGUUCCAGCCCCACCACCCCUCGGCUCUGCACCGCACAGGGAUCCUAUCCUGCACCCCCAUCCGCACCCCAUCCUGCAGCCCAUCCCUGCACCCAAACACCCGCUCGUAGGCAAUAAGCACUCCCCAUGUCCCCUUCUCCCUCUCAAAGGAGUUCACACCUUGGCAGUGAGAUUUGGGAGCCUGCAGACAUGAGUGGAGAAAGGACCGCGCUCACCUCACCUGGAGCAAAACUCCAAAGUGUCCUCCAAGGGCAGAAAUGAAAGCUCAGCCGGGAAAGCUCGGCAGCCUUUGGAAACCAGGGGGACAAAUGCAGAGCUAGAAAGAGCAAGAUUGCAAUGUAAACCCAAAGCCGCCAGGGAAAAUGUGCCUCCUUCAUCCUUCCGUGCACACCGGGGGCUGCAGGACAUCUGAUGGGAUCAGAGAGCAGAAAAGCUUCAAUGUGAGAGCUUCAGCACUGUGCUUGGGGAUGAGACGCCUCUGAAGGAGUUGGCACCCACUGAUGGAUGGAGCUCCCCACCCUGACCCGCUCCUCACCUCGUCUGUGUCUUCUCACAAGUGCAUUACGGAUGGAAGAUGAAGAUUCUUUAUGCAAUGUGAUGAGACGGCGCCAAGCCAGGGAAAAACAAAAAACAAACAAACAAACAAACAAAAAAAGGACAGAGGUGAAAAUGGGUUGGAUGUUAUGUCAGGGUUUGGGGUUUUGUUUUGUUUUGUUUUCUUGUUAUAAAAAAAAAUGAACAAAA